AAAACAGAGUUCUAGCAGUUGUACGUAAUUAAUUGAAGAAUCAGCAGAAUAAAAACCCACGGCUAAAUUCUUGAAAAAAAAAAAAAUUGCACCAUAUUUUGAAAAGUCAUCUAUAGUUUCAGAAAAUCGCCAUGAAGUUCGUUUAAAUGUGUGCAAAUUUUGAGAACGACUCAGUAAUUGGAAAAACAAGAAGAUUUACGGCAACUUUUUUACAUUUAAGGAGAUUCUGUUGUAUAUUUUGAAUUAUAACUGGGGAGCGAGUUUCCUCGUUAACCAUCAGCAUGAGUAAAUCGGGAUUUUCAACGCUCAAUCGUUGGUUGGGACGUAAAAAUAAGGAUAAAACCAUGGGCAAUGGUAAAUUAUCCAAAUCCAGCACAAAUCUAUCAAUAUCCACCACCAACAUCAAUGAAACUAGUCAACUGGAAUAUAAUCGUAUAACACCGCUGCCAGCAGCCACCACAAAUGCACCGUUCGAGCAAACCUUUCGUAUAACCGUACUACUGCCCAAAGAUCAGCUAUAUGUAACGCGUCUGGGAGCCAGAGUGCCACUGAGUAAACUAUUGGAAUUGGUGUGCGAUAAUAAGUUAUUAGAUGCGGAGAAAUAUGAGUUUCGUAAUCCGGUUGAUCCUAGUCAAGUCUACAGUUGCGAUUUAACCAUUGGUGCUGUGGGCCUUUCCGAGAUACGUUUAUGUCACAAAACCGAGUCAUAUGAUAAUUUCAAUAGCGAUGAAAUCAUCAAACUGCAUCGUACUUCUUUGAUUAGGGAAUCUUUAUCUUCGUCCGAAUUUAGCAGUCGCAAUUCGAAACACACCACAAAAACCACUAGUCCUUAUAGUUCAACAAAUUCUUUGAAUUCUAUGGAUUCUUCGGCUUUAAGUUAUGGCCGUACGCCCAAAUUACCUUCGAGCACACAACCAAAAAUGUCGGCACCACCACGCAAGAAACGCGCAGCUCCUAGACCACCAAGUCAAAUAGCCAUACCCGAGAAAUCGGCUUUAAUUAUGGAGAAUGGUGAGAGUAAACAGACGCCUACACCGACCACACCUUUGUCAACCAAAGACUUUUCGGUUUCCACCCCGAAUUUAACCACCUCCACCAUGCUGAUGAGCGAUAUCAAUGGCAAUGAUUGUAAUGGCCAUUUGGAGGAUUACAACGAGCAGAGCAGUGGUAAUGGUUCUUUAAAUUCCAAUGGUUAUGCUGAGGAUACGGUAUUGUAUGCUCAGAUCCAAAAGAAAAAUGCUUUAAAUCGUAAUAGCCAAAGUAAACAGGAUGUUAGUGAUUUCGGCGAGGGAAAUAGUAAAUUUCCCGAACCUUCUCCUAGGAAAAGAAUAGUGCAGAUUAAAAAGAAGACAGCAGCGCCUCCAGCACCACCACCACGUAGCUCUUUGUAUCAGGAGGAUGCGAUUUCUAUAGCUUCUACUAAUGUUUCCAAUACCUCCACACCCACCACACCGGUGGGUUUGUGUAAGUCCCUGGAUAGUUUCUUAGAUCAAGAAGAGGAGCAAGAGCAAAAACCCAAACCUUUAGAGCGUGGUGAGUCGGUGAAUAGUGACAACAUUCCCAAACCGGUGCCCAGAAUAACCACCAGCACUACUCUCUUAAAUGCCACGGAUAUUGAACACGAUCUAAAGAGUUUCGAAAGCGAUUGUGAGGUAAAAUCAAAGCCUAACAUCUCUAAGGUUUUACUCAACCGUACACCCACCCCGGAGCCCAGAUCUUUAUCCUGUGAGUCACCCGAAUUGGAGCAUUGCUAUGAAACCCAUUUGGAACAUUUCAAACAACAGAGAACCGAUGAUGAUUGUGUCUCGAAACAGGCUGAUUCAGGCAUAGGAGAACCGGUGCCCUCUCCCAUACCAGAUAUCUUACCCUCCAAUGUCUCUACUUUGGAUGUUAAAUCCAAUUUUGAGUCUUCCUCCGAUGAUGAUGAUAUGGUCAAAGUUUAUAACUUCAAAUUGGGUAAGACCUUGGUAAAACCGGUAAGUGAAACUAAGACAUUGGAAGAAUUGACCGUCAUGAAUAAUGCCGCCGAAGAGGAGACAGAUAGCGAGCUAGGACCCUUGACAUUGACCCAAGUGCCCACACCUAAUACUUUAUCGGAAACCUCCUCCUGGAACUUUGCGGCACCUAUAUCACCACCACCCAAUUUUGCGGAUAAUAAAUUUACAGAUCCCAUAGAAAUGGACUCCAAACCGGAUGCCCCUAUAACCCCCAAGAUAUUGGAAAGACCGGUUUUAGAUUUCGAAGAAUUGAAAAGAGAACAAGAGCAACAGGAUUUAAAGGAAAUCAAGGAAAUUAAAGAAGAAACACACU